ACGACCAUGACCCGUUAUAAAUAUUUUAUUAUAUCAUCAAUGCUUAUAUUCAAAUAUUUUUGUAUAUCUAAAAUUCUGGUUGAGGUUUCUUGGCUGUUCACUUAAUGCUUUUGAUGCAAAUAAUUAGCAAAUUCGCUGGCAAAUAUGGGUCUCACACAAUUUUAAUUUCUUUGUUCAGAUUGUGGAGAUGAUGGUGCACAUGGAUUGUCCUGGAUGUGAAAAAAAGAUUAAGAAAGCUCUUUUAAAAUUAGAUGGGGUUGAAAAUGUUGAAAUUGACAUGGAAAUGCAGAAGGUAACAGUUACAGGAUUUGCAGAUCAAGAAGAUAUCCUAAAGACAGUUGCAAGAAAUGGGAGGCAAGCGGAGCUGUGGCCAUAUCAGUACAAUGCUGAUUACCGAGAUUUUGAUCAGUACUACAACUAUGAAAAGAACCAGUUUCAGAGCUAUCCCACAGCUUAUUCUUCGUCCGACUAUAAGCCUGCGUGCAACUAUUACAAUGGGUACAAUGUUCACGAAUACAGUUACUAUCGUCAACCAACCUACCCAAGGACGAUUCUGGAUCAACCAGCUUUUGCUUUGUUUAGUGAUGAAAAUACUAGUGCUUGUUUGAUAAUGUGAUAAUACUGGAUCCAAUGUAUAGAUCCUUACUUCAAUAAUUAUUUUGCAGUACAAUUAGGCCGUCUUCAUGCACUUUAUUGUCACAAGUUUGCAGUAAUGAGUGAGGAGUCUUGUUGAUUUUCUUGGCGCCUUAAGCUAUCUGCAACAUGAGCAACUACUCCAGCUCCA